CGAACUGGCCACGCAGUUCUCCAUGGGCCUUGACGGGGGCCGAGCUCGCGCCCCCCAAGCAGACAGCGCAGCUAUUUUGAAAGUGACCCCUCAUUCAGGCAGCGACUGUGCAGCUGUCAGGAACCAUGACUGAAGAUGACGGAUUCUGUUGUCGUGGAGGGAUAUGCCAGACUCAGAGAUGGAAAAAAGUGGAAAACUAGGUGGCUCGUUCUUCGCAAGCCGUCGCCUGUAGCAGACUGCCUCGUGCUGCUGGUUUUUAAAGACAAGUCUGAAAAAGCGCAGGGCAACAAGGAGAGGGCCAGUAUUAUCUUGGAGGAGAUCUGCGGUCUGGAAUUGGGACAGUGGUAUGAAGGUGUGGCUUUUACUUUGUCCCUCCUCUGCCUAAACCAGGCUGCUCUACUGGGCUUCGACAGCAAGGAGGCCCUGCAGGCGUGGGACGCCCGCCUACGCUACAGCCUCGGAGAAGUUCACAGAUUCAGUGUUGGAGUCUUACCAGGGACCAAGUUGGAGAGUGGACCUGCAACUCUUCAUUUGUGCAACAACCUACUGGCUCUUGCCAGGGACAUCCCUCCCGUUAUUAUCGGCCACUGGAACCUUCCAGACCUGCGCAGAUAUGGGCCUGUACCCAACGGGUUUGUGUUCGAGGGAGGAACAAGAUGUGGUUACUGGGCCGGGGUUUUUUUGCUUGCAUGUGCUGAGAGCGAGCAGAUCAGCUUUCUAUUCGACUGCAUCGUCAGAGGCAUCUCCCCCACCAGAGGCCCUUUUGGACUGCGGCCAGUUUUGCCAGAUCCCAGUGCCAGUCAGACGAAUUCAGAGGAGAGGUUAAAUCACGAGGCCCAGGAGCUGGAGAAACGAUUGAGCAUGCUCUCUCACAGGACCAGCACAGUCUCGUCGUCGUACAGCCAGUCUGUUGGGGGAGACGACCACAGCAUAUCCGGUUCCUCCGACACAUCAGACACCAGCCAGUCCGACUGCAGUAUUGGCAGUCGCGUGGCCAUUUGGACUGAGCCGUCCUCCAACCCAUCUGAACACAGCCAUGUGGGAGCUAAAGUGGCAUUUCAGAGCUUUGAGAAGCUUUCCGUCAACCAGGGAGGUGGAAACCGGCCUGCUGUCAAGCCCCCUCGACAGCUUCAGGAGAUCGGCCGUCAGAGCUCGUCUGACAGCGGCAUUGCCACUGGCAGCCAUUCCUCUUACACUGGGAGUUUUUCCUCCUACACAGGCAGCCUGGAUAUCACCCAUGGGGAGGACUUUGGGUCUGUUUUCAGCUUGCCUCCUCACUUGGCUCAAGACCUGAGCCCUUGUAUUUGCGUCACUGUCCCUGGACAUGAAUACCAAGUACCGACAUCACUUAGGUACCUCUACGACAGCCCCAGGAGUCUGUUACAGGAGGGAAGUGAGGGUGUCAAAGACAAUAAACCCUCCACCCAAACUAAGGACACACCUGCCUCUUCAAGCUUCACAACAGACUCAGCAAAGGGGGAUACAAGCAGCAACAAGACCUCUGAUGCUCACUCAGAAACUAAUGAAAGACAGUCAGUGAGUGAACACUUACAAGGCACCUCAGAGAAGAGCACACCAAAAAAAGGAAGAGAGAAAUUAUCCAAUCUCUUAGCUGAUCUGUUAGGCUUUCCAAGCACAGAUCGGCAGCCAGAAGCCAAGACUAAGAGACUGAACCUGUAUGAGUCAAUGAGCCCUAGAUUUGGAAAUGAGCUCAAAUCUCCAGCAACAGGCACCUGCGUACCAAUACAGGAUUUACAGCAAUACAGAAGAUCUGUCAUUUAUGAAAACUGUUUGAAGUGUCAAGGGGAGCACUGCCACCCUCCACCACGGGUCAUACCCGCUAAAAUGUACCGCAACAGGAACAUUUCUACUUCACACACCGUUCCAACUGGGCUGAACCUGACGAACAGCCAAGAACAGGAAGUAGAUGCUAAUGAGGAACUGCUCUAUCAAGCUCCCAGUGAUGGAUUACAGAGCGUGGAAGGCCAGUGUCAGUAUGAAGAGAUGAAUGGUUGGACAGGGACCGGUGAAGACAAAAGGUCUCAUAACAAAGAGGAAAGACGCGGAGCUGAUGCUGCUUAUGAAGUCAUGGAGAGUCGGGUGCCGGAGAGGAACCCUGAGGAAGAAGAAAAAAGCAAGUACGCGCUGAUGGGCAGUUGUGGUCAGCAGAGGUUCCUGCAAGAGACUGAAGGGGCAGUGUUCGUUUUCCCCCCAGAGGCUCCACUUCUUGAAAGGCCUCGCAGUGAAGGUGUGACGUAUGUGAAUAUUCCUGUUAGUCCCACGUCCAAGAAGCAGCUGAACUACAUGGAGCUAGAGUUGCAGGAGCCAGGUCUGGGCUCCCGAGCGACUGUUGCACACCCCCCCCCUCAGAGAAAGAGCUCCACCAAGUACGCCCAGAUCGACAUCACCGCCACAGAGACGGCUCACAAAGUGGGCACCCAGCAUGCCCUGGGUCGGCAGGAGGGCCUCCACACUCUGGAGCUGAGAAGAAAGGGGACGCUACACUGAUUUCUUAUCACUAAACUGUUGAUCUCAGCAGCAUGUAAACUACAUCAAACUGUAAAGUUAGAAGAAAACCACUCUCUAAAGGAGUUUUCAGUCACUUCAUCCAGUCGACACAUAAACAAUCCCAGAACAUGUUGUCUACCCAAUGUCCAUUUCAGACUUGCUUCUGUAUUCACAAAGCCACUUGAAAAUGGAGCACAGGAUCAAGAGCAACAUUUCAGACUUGGUCAUCUCAUUAAAUAGCAUUAUGUCAGUGCCGGAGCUUCAGGCUAACUUGGAGGAAGAUGUGCCAGUCCUGAGCUGAGUCACUGGCCCUGAUAAACCCCCAGAGCAGAGGCAUUUUACUGCCCACUCAGACCAUCCCUAAUAUUUAAUGCUGUUUUUGUCCUUGUUUGGGAGAAUGAGCAGUCAUGUUGUUUAUUCUCACAAGGAGAUCACACAUUUAUUUCUCAGCAAAAACCACAUCAGUAAUUCCACAUGACAUUUUUAGCAUAUUCAUUUUUGAGGAACUUUCUAUCCAGUCUUACUUGAAUGCUGCAAAUUUAAGGUUCAAUGUUAAAAAUAAAUUGUACAAAUACGAACAGUUUAAUCAGUGCUUCUGCAUAAUACUUCCACUUGUGUAUGGUGACUUUUUUGCCUAGGUGUCACUAAUUGAUUGGUGUUUAUCAUGUGAACAGAAUCUCAAUGCUGCUAUUGUUUUUUGGCUUCACGGUUAAAUAGGAUUUACUCUGGAAAGUCCUCAUAGAUAAUGCAGCAAUCACUCUGCAACAACAAAUGUAUAUCCAAACUGACUGCCUGGCACUCAUUGCCAUUGUUUUUCAAAAUUGUGAAUUUUAAAAGAAGUUUGAAGUUUUCUCUUUUAUUCACUGAGGAGGUUCAAAUCUGUUUAUUCUUGUGUGUGCGCACAUAAGCAUUUUUACUAAAACUGCAAUUU